AAUUGUCGCGUUUUAAACCGACCUGCCGAGGUUGGAGGGGUUGGUUUGUAAGUAAAUUGACGCCCACAACGGGUCACGCAUGCGUCGGCAGAGUUCUUUUCACGUGGGUGACAUUGUGUAAGUCUGUUUCAAUCAGUGGCAAAUACACAUUCGCGGGUAGGACAGCGACGGGAAGUUGGAACGGUUGGUAGUGAUGGCAGCAAAAGCUUUUAAAAGCUUUCUACCAUUAUUUGAUCGUGUUCUUGUUGAGCGGCUUGCUCAAGAAACAGUCACCAAAGGAGGAAUUAUGCUUCCAGAUAAAUCUCAAGGCAAAGUGCUGCAAGCAACAGUGGUAGCUGUUGGGGAGGGAUCUAAAGGAAAGAGUGGAGAGAUUGAGCCAGUUUGUGUAACUGUUGGUGAAAAAGUCCUACUUCCGGAAUAUGGAGGCACCAAAGUGGUAUUGGAUGAGAAGGAAUACUUCUUAUUCAGGUCCGGUGACAUUUUAGGAAAAUACUUGCACUAAAGUCUCAUUCUGGCAUUGUCAUUCCUGGAAACAUGAAGCUCUAGUUCCACUAUGACAUUGUUUCUUUUCAAUACAUUUUUUAAUUAUUUUUUUUCUAUUACUUGUGCUAUUGUGAUUGCUCUAUAUUAUAAAUAAAUGUGUUGAUUGA